AUGGAGAAGAAGAAGAAGAAGGAGAACAAGCAGAAGAAGAAGACUAAGAAGAUGAAGAAUAGAAGCAGAAGCAGAAGACUAAGAAUGAGAAAAAAAUCUUUCGACCCUGAGGCAAAGAUAACCCCAAUGCAGGAUCUGGUUCGCCAAUGGAAAGCCAAACCACUACAUGGUCGGUAUAGGAGCCGCAUAGAAGACAACGCCAUUGACACGAAGGCUUCCCAAGGAUGGUUGCAGUCAGGUAAUCUGUUCCUGGAGACGGAGGGCUUCAUAGCCUCCAUCCAGGAUCAGGUAGUCCCAACAAAGUUGUACCGAAAGCGUAUAAUGCAUGAGAACGUUGACGAUAUCAGAUGCCGCAUAUGUGGGGAAAAAGAUGAGCACAUAGAUCAUAUUGUAGCAGGGUGCUCUCCCUUAGCUCCUAAACAAUAUCUUGAAAGGCACAAUGAUGUGGCCAAAAUACUUUAUCAAGCUUUGGCUAAAAAGCAUCUAGGAGAAACUGGUACACAGCCCUACUAUAAAUACACGCCGCCACCUGUGAUAGAAACGGAGACCUCUAGGCUGUACUGGAACCGUAAAAUCAUAACUGACAGGCCCAUCCCCAACAAUAUUCCUGACAUAGUGCUCACACUAAAAGAAGAAAGAACGACGUUUAUAAUAGACAUAGCUGUGCCUCUUCCUACUAAUAUCCAAACCACCCAUGCGGAAAAAAUCAAUAAGUAUUUGCCACUCUCCGACGAAAUCAAACGCAUGUGGGAAAUGGGCAAUGUGUCUAUAAUACCAGUUAUAAUAGGAGCUACUGGAGAGAUACCAAGGAAACUACACAAGAGUCUGGAAAAGCUACAGCUCCAUCCAAAAAUAUACUUGCAACUGCAAAAAGCUGCACUGCUGGGAACAUGUAGGACAGUACGUAGGGUUUUAGGAGAUGAGAACCGGAUACGGUGA